CAAGAAGAGCCUCAGGACUCAGGACAGGAAGAAGCGAGGGGAACAUUGCAAUGGAUUUACAAGCACAGGUAAAUCUACAGAAGGAAGUGACCUGCCCCAUCUGCCUGGAGCUCCUGACAGAACCCCUGAGUCUAGGCUGUGGCCACAGCUUCUGCAAAGCCUGCAUCACUGCAAAGAACAAGGAGUCAGUGAUCCACCCAGGAGGGGAAUGCAGCUGUCCUGUGUGCCAGAGCAGAUACCAGCCUGGGACCCUCCAGCCUAAUCGGCACCUGGCCACCAUAGUGGAGAGAGUCAGGGAGAUCAACACGAACCCACGCAAGCAGCAGAAGAAAGAAUUCUGUGAACACCAUGGAGAAAAACUUCAUAUGUUCUGUAAGGACGAGGAGCAGGCCAUUUGCAGGCUUUGUGUGCUGUCUCGGGAGCACCAGGGUCACCAAAUAUUCUGCAUGGAGGAGGUGGUCAUGAAAAUCCAGGAGAAGCUCCAGGAAGCUCUGAAGAAGCUGAGGAAGGAGCAGCAGGAAGCUGCGGAGCUGGAAGCUGACAUCAGAGAAGAGAGAGCUACUUGGAAGAACCAUAUGCAGACUGAGAGACAGAGGAUUCUGAAAGGGUUUAAUGAAAUGAGAUGCAUCCUGGACAGUCUGGAACAGAAGGAGCUACAAAAGCUGGAGGAAGACGAGGUGAAUGUGCUGGAGAACUUGGUAGCGGCAAAAGACCAGCUGGUCCAGCAGAGUCAGUACAUGAGAGAGCUUAUCUCAGAUCUCGAGCGUCAGAUGUGGGGAUCAUCAAUAGAUACACUGAGGAAUAGAUCUGGGAGUGUAAAGUGGAGUGAGACCUGGACCUUGAAAAAGCCAAAAAUGGUUUCCAAGAAACAGAAAAGUGCAUUCCGAGUUCCAGAUCUGAGCGGGAUGCUGCAAGUAUUUAAAGAGCUGACAGAGGUCCAAUGCUACUGGGUGGAUGUGAUGCUGAAUCCAGUCAACGCUAUUUCAAAUAUUGUCAUAUCUGCGGAUCAGAGACAAGUGAAAAUUUUGCACCCUUUUACGUUUAGGAAUGUAUAUCCAUGUGAUUUUUCUGCUUUUGAUGUAUUGGGCUGCCAAUGUUUCUCCUCAGGCAAAUAUUAUUGGGAAGUAGAUGUGUCUGGGAAGAUUGCUUGGAUCCUGGGGGUAUGCAGUAACAAAAGGUGCUUUAAUAGAACAAAGAGUUCUGGAUUUACUUUUGACCCAAAUUUAAAUCAUUCAAAUGUAUACUCCAGAUACAGACCUCAAUAUGGCUACUGGGUUAUAGGGUUACAGAAUGAGUCUGAGUACAAGGCCUUUGAGGACUCUUCCACCUCUGAUCCCAAGGUCUUGACUCUCUCCAUGGCUGUUCCUCCCCGUCGUGUUGGGGUUUUCCUAGACUAUGAAGGAGGCACUGUCUCAUUUUUCAACGUCACCAACCAUGGGUCACUCAUCUACAAGUUCUCUAAAUGUCACUUUUCUCAGACUGCUUAUCCAUAUAUCAAUCCUUGGAACUGUCCAGCUCCCAUGACUCUGUGCCCACCAAGCUCUUGAACCUACUUUUUCUCUCACCCACUUCUUUUGGUGCCCCUUCUCCUGGUUUUCAUCUCUAUACCUGAGCUCAUCUGCACCAUUCACAUCAUCUUUUCCUUGCUGUAACCCUUGUUUGCUUUAGAAUUUUUAAUCAUCUUUGGGAUGUGCAGUGCAUCUGGUUCAAGUCAGGAGAGAUGCUUAUUUACCAUUUACCCUUUUUUGUAUUCUCAAAGAAAGACAUUGUCGCCCUCCUAAAGACAGAGCAGUAUUGACAUAACAUGUUUGCCCUCCCAUUUCUCCACAUUUUCCUUUAUCAUUGAUCUGAAGAGAUAUUGCAAAGCCUGUCUGCCAAUAUCCACAUUAUCUAGGUCAGCCCAUAAUCACCCCCCACCCACUAGAAACAGCUAAGGAGUUUUUGAGUGUAUGUUUGUUUGCUGCCCAGGACACACCAGGGUCAUCAGAAAGUCAAAGAAGGAAAACAUAAGCCGUGUAUGUACUCAGAGUGAAGAUUUUGUGUACAGAGUGUUUGAGUUCCUAUCCUCUCUCUUCUUUUACAAGAUGUGUAAUGAUGACUAAAUUCUUGUUUCUUUUUCCUAAAAUACAAUUUGAGAUUUAAAACUGUACUUAAUUCUUAGAUCCUUUCGCAAAACUGUGUCACUCAAUGUAAA